AUGGCUCGUGAGCGUGACCGUCGUGACCGUGACCGUCCAGACAAGGACCGUGACAGAGGCCGAGACACCCGUUCUUCCGUGAAUGCUGACGACGUGGAUCAGCUCCGCUCGCAACUGGAAGAAGUUUCAGGAAAGUUGGAACGUACCAGUCAACUGGCGGUGCAGGCGUCAAGGGACUCAGGGGAAGCUCGGAGCGGACAGCAAAUAGUUCUUUUCGUGUCCGGGCUCUUGAGGUCUCGACUCAAAGAGGUCUUGGCCGUGUAUCAGUCAGACAGGGAAGCAGUGAUGAAUGGGACGAAGGAAAAGGGUAAACCGCUUAAGUUGCUGGUGUAUGACGCGCUGUUGGGGGCGUUGUCAGAAGCAGCUUCGAGGCAAGGGACAGAGGCAAGCACAGCUGCAGAGGAGUUGGUGGCCUUGGGUUCGACGGUGGGAAUAUCCGCAAUCUCGAAUUUGAGUCGUGCGCCAGAAGACGAUAGGGCAUGGGUACUCGUGACAACGUUCCAGUUUGGUGCGACAGGGCAAAAACUUCGCAGUCUGUGGCUUGAUCCGAGGCUGAGGCCAGUUUUUGCGAAGAAGGGCGGGGUGUGGCCAGAGCUAGGGAUGCGUGAGGGAACUUGGCGUCCUGGGAGGUUACACCAAGCCGUAUGCGAUGAUCUCGGUAUCCCAGCAAAAGGGAAGGGCAAACAGUCGACGGGGUCCGGCUUGAAGCGGAAAAGUGAGACGCCUGAGGCAAGCCGAUACAAACGUCGGUAG